AGUAGGUAGCCUGUCUACAUUCGAUAAAUACAUACACCUGUUUAAAAAUGAAUGAAGACAGAAAAUCUGCAAAUGUCCAUUUAGAAAAGACUUGCUGUGACUUUGACUAUUUGUCUUUAUUCAUUUCAGAAUGGCGUUAAGAAAAGUUCUUUCGUCGAAGCCCCAAACCCCUUACUUUAAGCCCCCGGCAAUACACAUUUGUGUGGUUGCACUGAAGGACCAGCAUAGGGUCACGAGGUGGGACUUCCAGGACGGCAGAGCGGUGGCGGCCGUCACAAAAGCUAAUGCCGUCAUGGCCAUCAGCGACGGGCACUCCGUGGCCAAAGUGACCCUGUAUGAAGACCUGAAGGCCCAAGUUCAAGAGGGUGCUUCCUACGUGGUUCGUGGCUAUAACCUGAGGGGCAAUUCCCCUCCAUAUGCCUUUAAUGUCUCAAGGGAGACAGAAUUCUUUCGAAGCAGCGCCCUCGUCAUCGACGAGAAAUUACAAAACGAGGCCUUGAGGCUGAUCAAUCCUCGCUCGCCCCUGACCCCCCUCAGCACCUGCAGGGAAUCUGCUGGUCUGGUCACGGUGGAAGGGGAGGUGGUCGAGGUAAGUAACUUUCCGUUUAACGGGACUGCGAUAUAUAUAGCCAAUGUAGGUUGUUGCUGUAAAAUAAAGAGUGUAAGUCCGCCGGACUGCAGCUAUGAGAACAUUAACACCCAAAUCCACUGUGUUCAGGUGUCUGAGCUGAAGGAGGUGGUGGUGGCGAGGGACCGCGUGCCACUGCAAAACAUCACGUUGAAGCAGGGGGAAACAAAGGUGCCCGUGUCCCUCUGGAGGGAAACCGCCCUCCACUGCUGUGAGAUCGGGAACGUCCUGAGAGUGUCCCACCUGAGAGGGUCGGAGUCCAAUUAUGGAUUCCGGCUCCAAACAACGGUGGAGUCAGCAAUUGAGGCGGUCAGUUCCACGGCAGCGGAGGAGGUUGGAGUUUACGGGGCAACACCGGCACGCGGGGCUCCCGGAAGCCUAAAAGUGCUCCUGGAGGACGACAGGACGCUGUUCAUCGAGGAGAGCAAGUGGCUGCCAAUAGCUGCCAUAAUGGAAGCGCCACCCUUACCGGUCAAAAUAACCGUUAAAGGCAACACCAUUGUCGCCAUUGAAGCCAUGCGGAAGGAGGAGUAGCUGUUUGAGUUUCUUUUUGUUGUUGCUGUUUUUGCUGUUGUUUUAAUGUGUUCAUUAGGAAUCGGUUCUCCGUUGUUCAAAUUACCUUUCACAUUGUAUAGGAUGUUAUUAAUCAAUUUGCCCAAGUUCAUGUGUUCUGUUUUUGUUCUAUGUUAACCUUUUGUAAAAUGGAUGUAUAAUCAGUUUAAUCAAUUCAAUCAGUUUAAUCAAUUCAAUCAGUUUAUUCAAUUCAAUCAGUUAUGACAAAUCCAUGUAAUCGUGCAGUCUGUGUUCAAUGUCCAAUCAAUACAUGUUUUAAUCUCUGAUUACUGAUUCAAUUUUCAAUCAAUAAAUGUUUGUCACAAUUCUCGACUUUUCUUUUAAAGUCUUCAAAAUCCCCGUGUAGCCACGGAUAGUGCUAUUAUUUGAUUACUGUGUGGAUGUUAAAAAGCCUUUAAUUUUUGCCCACAAAUGAUAAUUUACUCCUCGCGUGUUUCAGCAUUAACUCUGAUCAUUUGUAGCCGGCAUCGUGUGACGUCUGCCUUUGUUAGAGCGCUCUGUUUAGGACAGUUCUAAUCAGUCUGUCGCUUCCACUCUGCCGCAACUCUCCCCAUAGCAACCAGAGCCCCGCACACACAAGCAGCCGCUACGUCACACAUAAACAAAUGACUCUGUAUCCAGUCAGCUGACGCUACCGGCAGCUAGCUUUCGUCGGCUAGCGCUACUAUCGCGCUAGCUUUGCGGUGGCUGACAAGUUAUGUCAGCAAGCGCAAACAAGUUGUACGAAGCUACUGCUGCUCUUGUAUUUAGCCAGCUAGCCUACGUGGAUAACCGUCACUCUGUCUGUCUGUCUGUCUCUCACUAUUAGCUACGGAAAUGGACGAGGGUCUCUGUUAGCUGUCCCCUUCCCGAGUACUGAAAGCAGCGCUU